AUGGCAUCACAAGCCGAGGCCGAUGAGGCCAAGUCUCUCGAAACACCGCGCGACCCUCAGUUCUCGCAGUUCACAGUCAACACCAAGCGCUACAUCGUGGCCAUGGGAUCCUUGGCUAGCUUUUUCUCACCCUUGUCGUCCAGUAUUUACCUACCAGCUUUGACCACCAUCGCAAAUGAGUUACACGUCUCGACUUCUCAGGUCAACUUGACCGUCACUACGUACCUGAUCAUGCAGGGCGUGGCACCUAUGUUUACCGCAGGCUUCUCGGACCACGCAGGCCGUCGACCCGCCUACAUAAUCUGCUUCACCGUUUAUCUCGCAGCCAACCUGGGCCUAGGUCUUCAGAGUAGCUAUGCUGCCGUUCUCGUUCUCCGGUGUCUUCAAAGUGCUGGCAGUAGUGGCACAGUCGCACUUGCAAAUGGCCUAGUGGGCGACAUGAUCACGUCUGCUGAGCGUGGCUCCUACAUCGCCUUCGCUUCGAUCGGAAGUAUGCUAGGUCCCUCACUUUCCCCAAUCAUCGGCGGUCUUCUCAGUCAGUAUACGAACUGGCACUGGAUCUUCUGGUUCCUUUUGAUAUUCGGUGGUGUCUUCUUCCUCAUUCUCGCGUUGUUCCUUCCGGAAACUUGUCGCAAGGUCGUCGGCGACGGCUCGAUCCCUCCACCCACGCUGAACAACUCUGUCGCGGAUGUGAUCCGGCAUCGCAGGCGCAAGGCGCAAGGCAUUGUACCGGAUCCCGAAGUCGAGGCCGAGGUUCGAAAGAAUUACUCCUUUCGGUUUCCUUCGCCGAUUCCAACCUUGAAGAUCCUCCUGGACCUCGAAACAUCGGCUGUCCUUCUCACUACCGGACUUUUAUUUGCUGGAUUCUACGCUGUCAUGACCGGGGCUUCCACUUCUUUCCACAAGAUCUAUCACUUCAACGAUAUCCAAGCCGCUUUGAUGUAUCUUCCCAUCGGCGCUGGCGGUGUGAUUUCAGCUUUCACGACUGGUCGACUGGUGGAUUGGAACUAUCGUCGCCAUGCUCGGCAUGCUGGGAUGACCGUGGUGAAAGGUGUGCGCGCAGAUAUCAGCAACUUCAAUAUCGAACGUGCUCGACUGGAAAUUGCUCUGCCAUUCUAUUACAUCAGCAACAUCGCAAUGGUGGCAUACGGCUGGGUAAUGGGACGGGAGAUUCACAUUGCCGCACCCGUGAUCCUAUUGUUUAUCGCUGGCUGGGCACUUAUCGGUACUUCACAGGUGUUGAACGCUUUGAUGGUAGAUCUUUGGCCAGGGCAGUCGGCAACGGCUACCGCAGCGAACAAUCUGUUUCGUUGCGAACUUGGCGCUGCGGCGUCGGCGGCGAUCAGUCCUAUGGGUUUGGCUAUGGGUGAAGGCUGGGCGUAUACUACAUUGGCACUGAUUUCGAUCGCUGUGUCUCCUUGCUUAUGGGUUGUUGCAACUCGUGGGAUAAAAUGGCGACAGAAGAGGAAUCAAAAAGAGGAGAGGAAGACUUCCUCUACAAAGACAUGA